AUGGGAGAAAAACAGAAACUUUUCAAAAAUCCUGAUAAAAUGAACCUCUGAUUUUAUGCUUUAAAAAAACUUUUGAUCACGAUAAAUGGAGAAAGAAAAGGAAGAAGGAAAUAUUGGUGACAGUUCAGACAACGAAAAACAGUCAUCUGUAGAACAUGACAGUCUGAGAGAGUUCGUAACUAAGGAAUGCCUACAGCAACUUCAAUCAAAUGGUCAUGUUUCAGAUAACAGCAUAGAGCAAGAAAGAAUGAACCAGUUCUUCCAACGUGCAAUCUCAGAAAGUGAAAGAAUGAAUGCUGAGGUGUCUAAAAGUCGUACACAACAACAAAAGUUGUAUGAAGAACUUGGCAAAGACAUGUUUGAGAGUUGGUCCAAGGAUCAUGCGUCGGAGGUGUUGACUCCCGAACAGUACCAGUCAUGGAAGAACGAAGAAGAGAAGUUAAGUAAGGACUUUAUGCGCAAGAAAAUGUUACAUAACAAAGUGAAUGAUGAAGAUUCCUUUAGGUAAUAUUUUAUCGUAACUUCCCCCUAUUUAUUUGCAGACCCUCCCCUUCCCUGCUCAUAAGCUAAUGCAUGGACCUUUAUGUUGGAAGUUUGAAUUGUGAAAAUAUUCAUAUCUUUAAAAGUAAUUAAUAUAACAGAACAGUUAUUUGUACAUGGAUAUCUGGACACCCCUCUCCCAAGGUUCGAAAAACACUCACUACUACUAAAUUAAAAAUUAUAUGUGUACAACUCUCAACUCAAACUAAAGUACCUGGUGAACACCCCUCAUUGCACUGAGAGAACAACACAUCAAACAAACUUUACUCAAUGUGUUUGGCAUGCACAGGCAGGGCUUGAACAGCCAGCCCAGAGCAUUAACUUAAAUUUGGUGAGAUGCUAUCAUGCAUUAGGAGCAUAUACCAUAUGGAGCAUAUAUGAGGUGCAGAGGUUUUCAAAUUGAAAGUUCUCAGCAAAAUAAAUCAAGCAACACUUUCGCUAUUGGUAUUGUUAUCAGAAUUUCUAUUUAUUUUGUAAAAUACCAUGGGAUUACAUGGUCUACUGUCUCCAUCUCUAAGCGUUGGUAGUACUCAAGUAUUCCAUUUGAUAUAACUAAUUGUUUCUUUUUUCAUAACUGUGUGUGCUCUGCUCAUAAAGUAACUGAUACAUAUAAUUAUAAGACAUGAUAUGUUUACCAGUACUAUAAAAAUCCAUCCUCGGGAACCCACUGGGGUAUGGUUCUGAUGCUCAUUUCUCACUCAUUUUUCUGAUAGCAAGAAACAAACAACAUAAUUUCCCAAAGAUGUAUAAAAAUCCCACAAUCUAAUUAUGAUUAUCAUUACUAAAUAAUUACUAAUAAAUACAUUAAACUUUC